AUUGCGUAAAGAUCCAAUUCAUUCCUUCAAUGCUUAUCUGAAAGCAUAUCCAACAAUCAUGAGUAUUUCAGCUGAAGCUGUAGUAGGCUCUACUCUUUCCGCACACAGAACGGCGUUGGAAAGUGCCCACUUUACGACAUCAUCUACUGAAAAAUUAACUAUGGAUGGUGGUAUUUUAUACAAAAAUGGCAUCGGAGAUUACACCUCUACGGAGACAAACGGGAGAGAUUCUGGAAGGCAGCUACCCGGUUUGGAGCUGGCCUACCGGUCUGUCCUUCGAGCUGUCGGCGAGGACCCCGACAGAGAGGAUCUGAAGAAGACCCCUCAUCGAGCGGCGAAGGCCAUGAUGUUCUUUACCAGAGGCUAUCAGGACCAAAUUGAAGAUGUGUUGAAUGGUGCAAUAUUUGAGGCUGACCAUGACGGGAUGGUUGUAGUCAGGGACAUAGAGAUGUUCUCUCUAUGUGAGCACCAUCUUUUGCCCAUUGUUGGGAAGGUUUCUGUUGGUUAUCUACCCAAAAAGAGUGUGCUCGGAUUAAGCAAAAUAGCAAGGAUAGUCGAGAUGUACAGCAGAAGACUCCAAGCCCAAGAAAGGUUGACUAAAGAAAUAGCCCUCGCAGUAGUCCAGGCUAUUGAUCCGGCUGGUGUGGGCGUCAUCGUCGAAGCCACACACAUGUGCAUGACGCUGAGAGGAGUACAGAAAGAAGCUAAAACGAUCACAUCUAUUAUGGAGGGGCCCUUCAAAGACGACGCUAAGACUAGAGAAGAAUUUCUCUCACUUACACGAGGAUAAGAUUAUUUAAAACCUAUCUGCACUAGUUUGGCCAGGAGGGAUUAGGAAUCCCUGCGUGGUCACUGGCAGGUGGU